CUCUGCAGUCGCUAAGAGGACUUCACUAUUGAUGGAGUGUGCUUGGUAAGUUUUUCUGUGAAAAAUGAGUGAUUUUUCGUCGGUUGCACCGCCACAAUCACAACAGAACUUCAGUCAAUCAUCUGCAUUUGCCGCCGCGUUACAGAGAGCUAAACAGAUCGCCGCGAAGAUCCAUCCUGGUAGCACACAGGGUACAAAGAGGUCAUUGGAAGAAGGUCCAGACAACAUGUAUUUAGAGCCGGAGAAUAAGAAGUUCAGCGCCGGCGGAGACUUCGGCAAUGCCCAGGGUCCCGGAAUGACCCCGGCAGCAAUGCAAGCCGCAGCUCAGGCGGCCGCUGUAGCGGCCAGACUCUCGGUGGCAAACCCGAAUGCGACCAUAAAUGAGGAGAUAAAGAUCCCAGAUAAGAUGGUGGGACUCAUUAUUGGACGAGGUGGCGAGCAAAUUACAAGACUUCAGGCAGAUUCGGGGUGCAAGAUACAAAUGGCAGCCGACUCGGGCGGCAGUCCAGAACGAAUGUGCUCUCUCAGUGGCCCUCGUGAAGCGGUGAAUCGUGCCAGAGAGAUGAUUCAGAAGAUUGUGUCGCAGCACGGCAGUGGAUCCAUCGAAGUUGUGAGCCACACGACUCUUCCAUCCCUUGGGGGUGCGAAUUCUAGCUUCGGCGCAGGCGGAGACAGACCCGGAGGCGGUGGAGGGUCAGGUGGUGGUUAUCCAGCCUACCAAGAGAUGAUGAUUCCGGGCUCAAAGGUGGGUCUGGUCAUUGGCAAAGGUGGCGAAACCAUCAAGAUGCUUCAGGAGAAGACGGGAGCCAAAAUGAUUGUUAUUCAAGAUGGACCCGGACAAGAAUUGGAGAAACCAUUGAGAAUAUCUGGAGAUCCGCAGAAAGUGGAGCAUGCUAAGCAAUUGGUUUAUGAACUCAUUCAGGAGAAAGAAGCAUUCCAGAACCGAGGAGGAUUCAAUCAUGGAGGACCUGGUGGCGGAAGUAAUGCCGGAGGAAUGAUGAAUCCAGGGAAUAAUGAGCAGCUGGAGGUAUUUGUGCCCAAAGUUGCUGUUGGUGUGGUCAUUGGCAAAGGUGGAGACAUGAUAAAGAAGAUUCAGGGUGAAACUGGAUGCAAGCUGCAAUUUGUUCAGGGACGCGGAGACUCUCCGGGAGAUCGUCGAUGCUUUAUUCAAGGAUCGAAGCAACAGGUUGAGGAUGCGAAGAGAAUGAUUGACGAAUUGAUUGAGAACGUAAUGAGGCGUGAGAAUGGCGAGCGUGGCAUGAGUCGCAAUGGUGGCGGAGGUGGCAACUUCGGUGAAUAUGGCAAGCCAAUGAGGGAUGAGGUGUCAUUUGUGGUGCCGGCGUCGAAGUGUGGCAUCAUCAUUGGUCGUGGUGGUGACACAAUAAAGCAAAUCAAUCAGCAGUCUGGGGCGCACUGCGAGAUGGACAGGAAGGCGCAAAACAAUAACAACGAGAAGACAUUCAUAAUUCGCGGAAAUCCUGAUCAGAUUGAGCAUGCUCGCAGUAUAAUUUCUGAGAAGAUUGGCUUGGAUAUCUCAUUGAUCGGCGGCAGCUCUGGCGGAGUAGGCGGACAGAAUUAUCAGGGCAUGCAAGGAUCUGCUGCGAACACGGGCUACCCACAACAGUGGGGCUACACGCCGCAGUCGUGGGAUCAGCAGCAACAGCAGCAGCAGCCACAGCAGCCCCAAGUACAAAUAAAUCCGAGCACAGGACAGCCAGACUACUCGCAGCAGUGGAUUGAGUACUAUCGCUCAAUGGGUCUCCAUCGCGAGGCGGACAUCAUUGAGCAGCAGCAGAAGGCGAAGCAGCAAGCUGUCCAGGCGCAGACUCUCGUGGCUGGUGCUGCGGCUCAAAAUGGCGCUCAGGUGCAGGCGCAAUCAGCUCUGGCCUCUGUGCAGACACAGCAGAUGCAGCAGGCGGCUGGCGGACAGCCUGACUACAGUGCCCAGUGGGCCGAAUACUACAGGAGCAUCGGGAAGAUCGAUGAGGCGGAAGCUAUUGAGAAUCAGAUCAAGGCAGCCAAGGCGGGAAUGCCAUCGUCCACGGCGUCUUCUGCAACACUGCCGGGAUACAAUUUGCCGAGCGGUGGGGCCAAUCCUGGGACACAGAACAUUGUCGCAGCAGCUGGAGGUUUUGCCCCCAAUAGCACUCAGUAUCCACAAUUUUAUGGUGGAGCUAAUCCUGCCCAACCCACAGCUUAUCCGCAAGGAUACCCCGCUGGUCCGUACACAGCGUACACGGGAGCUGCGGCGGCGGCUGUGGCUGCUGCUGCUCGCGGCGGUGCUGGUCCGGGCGUACCCACGCCCACUCCUCAGCCUUCGUCGUCGGCCGAGGGCGGCAAGAAGUGAAUGGCGGGCACUGGUCUCUGAGGGAGGAUGAAUGUCCUGUAGAAGUCCCGCAUAGCAGUGAGGUAUGCCAAUAAAAUGCAUUUCUUUCAGAAUUGAUGACAGGAUGAUGAUGAUGACGAUGUGAGAAUUAGAUGAUGUUUCUUAGAAGUGUUUGCCGGCGUUGAAUUUCCUGACUUCUGAUAGUCGAUUGAAAACUAUAUUAUGCCCCCAUGAAUUACAUGAAUGUAAGAAGCGUAGUAGUUCUCAAUAUAUAAUCUAUGCAUUCAAUAUCAAUAUAUAUAUAUAUACUUACUUGAUGGAUAUAAGUAAACAAUUUUUAUGACACGUGAAAUAUAAUAAAAAUAUAUGUAUAUUCCUACAUAAGUCAUAUUUCACUAACAAUUUAUAAUUAAAGAAACCAUUAGUAUACCUAUUUUUCAUUAUAAAUAUUCGAUUUUAAAUAUGGUUCUCACCAUUUCUGAAAUAUAUGAUUAAUAUGUGAAUCAAAUCUUAUAUACUAUACUUAUUCAUUUACUUUGACUUUCCUUUGCAUAUAAAUAUCAAUGAUUGUUAUGUGUUCUUGUGGCAAUCUGGUUUAUUCGAUUUAUUUAUCGGUAAAAUUCUUAAGUCACUUUAUGUUUAAGUUGUACUGAUUUUUUUUCCUAUAUUAUACAAUAAAUUAGAAUUUACUACAAUCACAUUACGUAAUGCGUGAACUGAAAAAUUUUACUCAAUUUUUUUCAUUGGGAUCAAUUAUAAUAUGUAUUUAAGUAUGUAUACAUAUUCUCAUUAGGAUAUCCUUUUGUUGAUGUUUCAUUGAAAUUAAACAGCAGGAAAAGAGAAUCCAAGCAAAUUAGGAGAAAAGGCACAUGCGUCGGUAGGUUUGGGUACUGAUGAAUGAUAUUAAAUGCGAUGUUUUGGCAAGUUAAUUGAAUAAAUACUAAAAUAAGUGGAAAAUCUACAUAUUGGCAAUUGUGUAACCUCUGGUUCUGGUGGUGUAAAUAUAGAAUGUUUUUCUAAUUUGCAUUUUGCAUGGCCAGAGAGUCUCUGUAUCGAUUAUUUGCGCACAUAUUGAAACAAAUGUUUAAUAGAGAAUAUGUCAUGUGUAUUUAUCCUGGAGUGCGAAGUAUGAAUAAGCACUCAUAAAUUUUUCAGCUCUGUGCACAGGAGUUGACAAAAGUUUUAUCAAGCCGUAUCAGCUUGCUAUGCCCAUUAAAUUGAACGAAAAUCAUAAAACCAUAAAAUGUUAAAAGGCGUAAAAGGUAAAUAAAAAUGCAAGUGAACGAUUUAUUAGUUAUCAAAACAAUUCCUUUUUAUAUACAUAUUUACUUAUAUUUUCUACUUUUUUAAACACUGCAUAGGUGAAAUUGUUGCCAGAAAUCGUCAACGACAAUUUCGACAUAAUACUUUAUGCAAUAUUUAUUUGAAUUCUAAGAUAAUUUUUUGCGUUCUUUACCCAUUCAAUAAUCACAUCCCAACCCCAAAGAAGUGAAUUCCUGUUUGUUUAAAAUAUACUAAUUUCCCAAAUAUACAUAUGUUUGACAUUACAAAUUCAUGCUAUCCAACCUUAUUCAAUCUAUUUCCAUCAAUUUAUAUAUCGUUCAUACAAUUUUAGGGCUCUGGUUAUUUUUUGCAAUUAUGUUUUUACACAUUUGUCAAUUUUUUACACGUUUCAUGCACACAUAUAUUUUGAUAUGAAUUAAACCUAAAUAAUAGAGAACUUGUUCUAUAUUUUCAAUGAUUAGGAUUUUUCUAAUGCAAAGAAAUUCCCAUCAAAAUGUUUUAAGUACUAAAAUAUGAAACACAUAAUGUAAUAACAAAUGAUUGCUGCGGUAGAUUUUAGACAUUGAAUAUAAUGGAAUAAAAUUGUCUGCCAUACAAA